AUGGGAAGAUACGAUCCCACCUCGAUCAUGCACUACAAUUUCCCCGGAAUCGUCUACCCACGUACGUACUUCAGUGUCAGCGACGUUCUGCGUAUAAACACCUUGUACCGCUGCCCAAAGCAGGCGUCUACCCUUCCCGGCGGAAACGACGUCUACAACAAGGACCACAAGCCGACCGACGUGGUCCACUCGAAGCUUCACGAACUGGACACCUCGAUCCACGACAAGAUACGUACCUAA